GCGGUGUAGUAGGCAGCGUGUUGUUGUGAAGAUGGAUGAUGAAGAGGAGACUUAUCGGCUAUGGAAGAUCCGGAAGACCAUCAUGCAGUUAUGCCAUGACCGUGGAUAUCUAGUGACACAAGAUGAGUUGGAUCAGACUUUGGAUGAGUUUAAGGCACAGUUUGGUGAUAAGCCCAGUGAGGGUCGGCCCCGGCGAACGGAUCUCACUGUGUUGGUCGCACACAAUGAUGAUCCAACUGAUCAGAUGUUUGUAUUCUUUCCUGAGGAGCCAAAGGUUGGCAUAAAGACCAUAAAAAUGUACUGUCAGAGGAUGCAGGAGGAAAACAUUACCAGAGCCAUCAUAGUGGUGCAGCAAGGAAUGACACCAUCUGCCAAGCAGUCAUUGGUGGACAUGGCUCCUAAAUACAUCUUGGAACAGUUUCUGCAGCAGGAGCUUCUGAUUAACAUUACAGAACAUGAGCUGGUUCCCGAACAUGUGGUGAUGACUAAAGAUGAAGUGACGGAACUUCUGGCAAGAUAUAAAUUACGGGAAUCCCAACUCCCUCGCAUUCAGGCUGGAGACCCAGUGGCGAGAUAUUUUGGUUUAAAGAGAGGCCAGGUGGUAAAGAUUAUUCGUCCUAGUGAGACUGCAGGUCGUUACAUUACCUACCGAUUAGUGCAAUGAGGUGUGAGUUUUCUUUUUACCCUGGAAUACUAGAAACUUCUUGAGCAGAUGUGCAGAAUUUUUAGAUGGAGACACAGCAGAGCGAGCCAACAGAAGAGACUCCAAGAACAUGUCGUACUUAUGAUGAAAAGUGUGUGAUGAAACACUUUAGCCCCUUGCGUCUAUUCAGAAUCAAUGACCGUG